AUGCAUUUCAAAACAAAAACUUCUGCUGCCCUACUUGAUAUCAAGAUUGAUCGAGAAAUAUUGGAUUCAGUUACAGUUGCCCUUAAAGAAUGUUUGUUUCUUUCAUAUCAGAAUAUGCAGAAUAUUAUUCUAUUGUUUUCUAUUGCUGUUCAGCAUCUGAUUGCAGAAGUCAGUGAAAUUAUGACUAAUGAUACUGUAGAUAAGGCUGGUUUGUGGAAAAACAAACUCAUUGAUCAGUCAUUGGAGCUUUUAGAUUAUUUACCUCAAGCAAUUCAAGACAUUUGCUUCUUGAAAGAGAUCCACAUGGAAAUGUUCAAGUUUCCAAAAAUGAAAAACGUGUUAUUGCCUGAUGCAGGAAUUAUUAGACAACCCAAAUGGGGGCAUCUUAAAGAUUUGCAUAAGGCCAUAAAACUUUGUGAAGAAGCACUUAUAGCUACUGAUCCAACAAUUUCAUCUCCUGGUCCAAAUCUAGAGACUUCAGUUUACAAGACAGGAUCUGCAUGUGUGGCCUUCCUUGCUAACACCGGCACGAACGAUGCAACGGUUACCUUCAACGGCAAUUCAUAUCACUUGCCUGGAUGGUCUGUGAGCAUUUUACCAGAUUGCAAGAGUGUUGUUCUAAAUACUGCAAAGAUUAAUUCUGCAUCUACGAUUUCAAGCUUCGCAACUGAAUCUGUAAAAGAAGAGGUUGAUUCUUUGGGGAGUUCAAGUUCAGGAUGGAGUUGGAUUAGUGAACCGGUCGGUAUUUCAAAGGAUGAUGCAUUCACAAAAUCUGGACUUCUUGAACAAAUAAACACGACUGCAGAUAGAAGUGACUACCUGUGGUAUUCAUUAAGCAUUGAUGUUGAAGAUACUGCCGGUGCUCAACCUGUUCUUCACAUUGAAUCCCUUGGUCACGCCCUUCAUGCUUUUAUAAAUGGGAAACUUGCAGGGAGUGGAGUAGGAAACAGCGGAAACGCUAAGGUCAAGGUGGACAUCCCUAUUACACUUGUAUCUGGAAAGAACAAAAUUGAUCUCCUGAGUUUAACAGUGGGACUACAGAACUAUGGAGCUUUUUACGACCUAGUGGGUGCGGGGAUCACUGGUCCAGUAACAUUGAAAGGUUUGAGAAAUGGAAGUACUGUUGAUCUCUCCUCACAGCAAUGGACAUACCAGAUUGGUCUUCAAGGUGAAGAUUUAGGUUUGUCUAGUGGAAGUGUUGGACAGUGGAAUUCACAAUCUAACUUACCUACAAAUCAACCUUUGACUUGGUACAAGACGAACUUCAUUGCUCCUUCUGGAAGUAACCCAGUUGCAAUUGAUUUCACGGGGCUGGGAAAAGGAGAAGCCUGGGUGAAUGGACAGAGCAUUGGACGAUACUGGCCAACAUACGUCGCUCCAACUUCUGGCUGUACUGACUCAUGCAAUUAUAGAGGAUCCUAUUCUUCAUCGAAAUGUCUCAAGAACUGUGGAAAACCAUCACAAAUAUCAUUUCUCCUUUUUUAA